AUGAAAAGCAUUAAGAGUCAUGCAGUGAAUGUGAUCCUGGAUCCUGACACAGCACAUCCCAUUCUCAUCCUGUCUGCUGAUGGGAAACAAGUGAAGCCUGGAGAAACACGACAGAAUCUUCCAGAGACUCCAAAGAGAUUUACUUAUCAUGGCGAUGUUUUAGGAAGAGAGGGGUUCUCCUCUGGCAAAUUCUACUAUGAGGUUCAGGUCAAGGGGAAUGCUGAGUGGGUUAUAGGAGUGGCCAAGGAGUCCAUUAACAGGAAGGGUGACAUAACAUUGGCACCUGAAUAUGGAUACUGGACAAUCUGGCUGAUAAAUGGAAAUUAUAAAGCUCUGGCUGGUCCCUCUGUUCCCCUCUCCCUGAAGGGGAAGCUCCAAAGGGUGGGGGUGUUUGUGGACUUUGACGCAGGUCUGGUCUCCUUUUAUGAUGCAGAUUGCUGGUAUAAUAUCUACUCAUUUACCAAUGCCUCCUUCACUGAGAAAGUCUAUCCAUUUUUCAGUCCUGAUUACAGUGACGAAGGUGAAAAUUCAGCUCCUCUUGUAAUCUCCCCAGUCCAUGUCUGCCACACCAACUAG